AUGGAGGUUCCCAACCCAUAUGGAAACCCACAACUGAUGCAUCCGUUGAACGCAUACAAUUCUUGGCCGCAUGGUGCACUGCAAUUUCAGAAUCAGAAUGGUGGUGCCACAAAUAAACCAAUGGGGCGGCAAAGCCAAACAAGAUUGCCAGUGUACAAAGGACUUCAAUACCGAGUAGCAAAGAGAGCUCAAGCUUACACAAGGCCUAUCAGCAGACCUCUUAUUCAGCGAGCAGUCGAAGAUAUAAGUCAGAGAGCUUUUGAUCCAGAUAAGGACUGUAUUAUCUGCAGGGCAGUGGCUCGGAACCAGCGAAAGCCACAUCGGAAACACAAUCCUCGUUGUGAAAGCAACACUAAAACUCGUGGACAUUCUGCUACAGAAGUGGCAAGUAAUCGAUAUUCAGCGUACCUCAAGAGACACUUCUCUGCUAGAAUGACUGAUCCUGGCAAGGAAAAACAGCUGACGGGCGGAACCACUCCAGGGGUUGAUCAGUAUUUGGUAAGAACGGUGAAGAAGUACCAGAGACUUCACACAGGAAAGGUCCCUGUGAUGGAAACCGAUUCAGCAGUUGCAAGUAAGAUGCUUGCGCCGACAAGUUCUCUGCAGGAAGUGGCCAUUUUUCUGUAG